UCGAACCAACGUUUUGUGCCCCGAAAGUCCUGCACGUUAUAAUAAUUAUUACACGAAAACCGCAGUUAUCAACCUAUUUUAUGUGGACUUUUAUAUUCCUGUUAAUGAUCUUUCCAACUUUUGCCAAGCGCAUGGGUUUCCCACGCGUUUUAGGGCCCAAAGGGCACAAUUCCGAUCGAAAGACUUGCUGCACCCGUAGUGGGUUUUGAAGCCGAUACGAUGGGGUCUUUUUGUUACAGCGUUCAAGCAUUGUUCUGUUUGCGGCCUUCAGCCAUGGUUUCGCGCCAACUUCGCGGUUAGCAGUUAGCUCUUAACAUGGCAACGCUUGUAACUCCAGGUGGACUUAUCCUACAUGUACAUGUACUUCCUUGUGGGGUGUGACAACGAAGGAUACAGGUACCCAUUAUUUAUUGAAUAUCCCAAUAGGAAACACGUCAAACACUGAUGCGCUGCGCGCGUGUCGAUGAGUAAACUCGUGGAAACUGGUCAAAGAUUGCUUGAGAACUUUUGUUCAGAUUGCUGAUUAUGUUGACUGUGACGAUUGGAACGAGCGACGUCGUGCUUAAACCUUUGCCACAGGGCCGGGUACCCCACAAAAGCCUAAUUCAUCGGACACAACCCAUCCUGUGAAGAUGUUGCGUCUGUGGAGUGUCGGAUGUGCAAUUUAUAUAUGCAUCCUGGUGACAAACCUCAAGCGAGUCGCCUCCACUGGCGACCUGCGGAUUUUCAGCGAUAGACACUGUGACUGUUUACAUGCUGAGUAUUCGUGGAGGAACAACACGACUGUGUUACUGGAGAGCUACACGGGGGAUGAUGAGGGCGGUUCGGGCCGGAUCGUCUCCCGUGUGUCGUUGAUGAAGACGGGGCAUUGGAAGCGAUCGCGACAGGAUCCUGUAACAUUGUCGGUUUUAGAAAUUCCGUCCAAGGAUAUUCACGACUUAGUCAUCGAUGGAAUCUCCGAGUUGGUCACUUCAUCUGCCCAAUACAUGUCUCGGACCGUUGGCAAGUCUGGCAUUCCAAGCCUGGCCGACCUCGUUCCCAUGUACGACGCCAUGUUUGAGAAGCUGCACCGUAGCACACGCGGCUGGCCUUUCACACAGGCCCGAUGGGCCACCUUUUACCACUUCUCCGUCAUCCACGCCGCGGAGCGAAUCCGCGGGGGCGUUCCCGCACAGGACGCCUGCCCGCCUUACCGGGGGUACGCCACAGGCAAAACCGGGGGACUGUUCGUCUGUCGGCAGGAAUACGAGGGUUUCUUCCUCAGCAAACAGGUUGUAGACGAGAAGCAGCUGAUGAUGAAAAUCUACGGACAAGCGGAGCAGAGCAACUUUGAGGAUGUGGUGGAGGCUCUGGCGAGAUUGAACGCGUGCGGCUCCUUUGAUUGUGAUGUGCCGGGCUGUGCAAGCUAUCGGUACGACUUCGGAUGGCACAUCCUCGGCAGUGAUUCAGGUUGCUGCGGCGACUACCCGCGGUGUUGCGACUUUGCAGCUCCUUUUUGCUUCUUCCAUGACAUUCUGUGCGAGUGCUGUUCGUAUUUCGUCUGCCCUGAACCAUACUGCAAACCCGCCCCUAGUUGUACAAACACAACCGUUGUCUAAACUAGCAGGACAUCCGAGAAACAGGGGAAAAUUGUCAAUUAAAUAACAAAUAGAAGAUGGGGCAGAGACGUAUCAUCAGUCAUUUUAAACGGCAUGAUAGUCUUUCAGCGGUGACGUAUUGACACUGUGAGCAUACAAAGUCUAGCUGCAUGCCGGCAGGCUGAACAGUUUUGUACUCGCCCCUGCAACUUUCAAUAUAACUAUUUAUGUUUCCGUUGCUCAAUUUCAUCUUGUGCCCCAUGCACUUCAGGCGUGUUAAGUUUAUGUAUUUCAUUAUAAUUUCAAGGUUUUUGUCCACCAUUUUGAUAUGUACAUUAACUUUAAAAUGUAUUAAUAUUGUCGUAGACACUUUGUUAUCCAUGUUUCUCGUGUAUAGGUUGACUAUAGAGUUUGUGUGUGCUUUUUGUUACCGGUAUAGUAGUUGCAUAGAUCCAAAGUUGUGUUUAAAUCAAAUUUCAAUUUUUGUAGAUUGUUGGAUUGUUUUUACUACUGUUUGGCGAGAUAACUUUUUAGUCAGUCACUUAAAGUACAAUGUAUUUGGAAACUGUGAGGUUUUCUCCGCAUGGGGGAGGGGGUGCCGAAGGACCCGAGCGAGGAUAAUGCUGCAUUAAUUGAUUUUUAAAAAUAAAACUCUGUAUAAAUUAGGUACCUAAAAUAAAUGUACACAAUGACAACAUUA